AUGGCCACCGUUCUUAUUACGUUUUUCCUAAUCGCACAAUUGUAUGUUUGUAAGAUGGAUGCCGACUUCAGGGAAAGGAGAAGAAAUAUAUCCGAGCGAGAGAAACGGUGGAGCAUGAAUUCACAAAGAUUAGAGGCAAUUGUGGCAGAGCUGAUGAAGCCCAUCAGCGAUGUCCGCCGCAGCUUCGACACGGACCUCAGCGCGUUGUUGGAGGAGUACCUGACGGAGGCGGGUCUCCAUGCUCUGGAUGCGGAGGAGGAAGAGAUCAACACAGCAAUCCCCAACUUCACCGAGCUGGCCCUCUUACUGCAGCAGUCCGCCAGCAUCUACAGCAGGAAGGUGGACUUCCUGUACCAGCAUGUGCUUAGUGUUAGCGACUCAUUGCACAAUAGUACACAAGAGGGUCCCAGCAACUCAUCAGAGCCGCAGACGCCGUCGAGCGCGCGGCGCAAGCGCAAGGCGUCGGCGCACAGCGAGUUCGCGUUGGUGGAGCUGGAGGCGUGCCCGGCGGCGCGGCGCGAGGCGGCGCCCCCGCGGCCGCCGCCCACGCUGCCGCGCAUGUACGUGGAGCUGGAGCCGCGCGUGCUCAGCGACCGGGACUUCCCGCUGCUGGACUACGCCGGCGAGCCCGUCGGCCUGCUCGCCGACUUCCACGUCACCUGGCGCCUGCACGAAGGUCAGCUAGUGGAGGAGUUGGCGGAGGGCUGCGGCGGCGGCGCCACGCCGCACGCGCUGCCGCUCACCGAGCUGCAGGCCGCCAUCGCCGCCGCCGCGCCGCCCUCGCCGCCGCCGCGCGCCUCCACGCCGCUCGCGCCCGCGCCGCCCUCGCCCUCCCCCGCGCCCUCGCCCACCCCCGCGCCUUCCCCCUGCCUCGCCCCCGUGGCCUCCCUCGCGCCCUCCCCCGCGCCCUCUCCCGCGCCUGCCCCCGCCGCGGAGAAGAAGGAGAGGAAGCGUCGGAGCGACUUGAUCUCGAAAGUAGAAGAUAUAUCGGAGUGCACGAUUAAGCUCCACAUAAGUAAAAAGGCGCGCGCGCUGCUGGCGCGCGUGCGGGAGUUCAGCGUGCCGGCGCGCUGGCGGCGCCGCGUGCUGGCCGCGCGCCGCGCGCGCCUGCACGCGCUGCGCGCCCGCCUGCGCGACCACCGGGGGCACACGGAGUUUCGUGGUUUCGACUUAACAGAUUUGAGGGAUAUUGGAGGGUUCGCGGGCUGGAGCCGGGCGGAGGCGGAGGCGGCGACGGCGGCGACGGCGACGGCCACGGUGGUGGCGGUGGCGAGGGCGACGGCGGCGGCGGCGGGCGGCGACAGCGACGACGACGGGUUCUUCGAGCAGAGCUCGCUGGGCGGCUCCGACACGUCGCGUGCCGACGACGCGCCCGCCGCCACCGCGCUCGCGAGCCUGCCGGGGAGCCUGCCGGGGAGCGCGCCGGAGGGGGAGGGGGAGGGGGAGUGGGGGCGGUGGCGCGCGGCGGUGCUGGCGCGCGCCGCGGCGGCGGAGGCGCGCGGCGCCGACGUGCCGCGCGCGUGCGCCGCCGUGCUGCGCGCCGCCGCGCCCGACGCGCCCUUCCCCGCCGUGCUGGCGCGCGCCGCCGCCGACCCCGCCGACGUCUGCAAGCUCUUCCUGGCGACGCUCUUUUUGGCGAACGCGGGCAACGUGGAGAUAGUGCAGGGCGCGCCGCUGGCGCUGGACGCCUUCGCCGUGCGCGUGCUGAGCGCGGACGAGCGCCUCUACCGCCGCGCGCUGCAC